AUGUUUUGCCGCGCCCUUCCCACCGCUCCUGGGCGGGCCGCGCACGGGCUGCUGUCGCCUGCUCCCAGCUCCGUCCUGCCAUCUUGUCCCAGCACCGCGUCGCGGAGCGCGGAGUCGGGGGAGCUGCACGUGCUCCGGCGCCCUCUCCGCCCUUCACCUGUGCGGGGCGGCUGCCGGGCCUCGUGGGCGGGGUGCGCGCCCGGUUGUCACGUCGGUCCCCGAAGCGCCUGCAGCGCCUGCAGCUUGUUCCCCACGUGUGCGGGAAGCGCGGAUUGUCUGGAAUUGUGCAUCCUUACUGCUGGCUCGCGGUGGUCGAAAAAGAGCAAAAGAGUUGGAAUAAGUCGUGUUGGAAGAAGACCUGAUCAACAACUUCAGGGUGAAGGAAAAAUUGUUGAUAGAAGACCAGAAAGGCGACCACCUCGUGAACGAAGAGUUGAAAAGCCACUUGAAGAAAAGGGUGAAGGAGGCGAAUUUUCAGUUGGUAGACCGAUUAUUGACCGACCUAUUCGGGGUGGUGGUGGUCUUGGGAGAGGUCGAGGAGGCCGUGGACGAGGAAUGGGCCAGGGAGAUGGAUUUGAUUCUUGUGGCAAACGUGAAUUUGACAGGCACAGUGGAAGUGAUAGAUCUGGCCUGAAGCAUGAGGACAAGCGUGGAGGUAGCGGAUCUCACAACUGGGGAACUGUCAGAGAUGCAUUAACUGACUUGGAUCAAUCAAAUGUGACUGAGAAGACACCUGAAGGUGAAGAGCACCCAGUGGCAGACACUGAGAAUAAGGAGAACGAAGUUGAAGAGGUAAAGGAAGAGGGUCCAAAAGAGAUGACUUUGGAUAAAUGGAAGGCUAUUCAAAAUAAGGACCGGGCAAAAGUAGAAUUUAAUAUCCAAAAACCGAACGAAGGUGCUGAUGGACAGUGGAAGAAGGGAUUUGUACUUCAUAAAUCAAAGAGUGAAGAGGCUUAUGCUGAAGAUUCCCUUAUGGACCAUCAUUUCCAGAAGCCAGCGAAUGACAUAACAUCCCAGCCAGAAAUCGAUUUUGGAGAUCUUGGCGGCCCAGGACGUGGUGGCAGGGGAGGACGAGGUGGGCGUGGGCAUGGUGGACGUCCCAACCGUGGCAGCAGGACUGACAAGUCGAGGGCAUCUGCUCCUGCCGUGGAUGACCUGGAGGCAUUCCCAGCUCUGGCAUAACUGGAUGCCAUGAAACAGCCCUGGUUCCUUGGUGGACCCUUCUGUUCAAAGCUUUUUUGCAUGCUUACAGAUUCCAAACAACUUAGGAAAUUAAAAAAAAAAAAAGACUGUCAUUCAUACCAUUCACACCUAAAGACUGAAUUUUAUCUGUUUUGAAAAUGAACUUCUCUCACUACACAGAAGUAACAAAUAUGAUAGUCAGUUUUGUAUUUAGAAAUGUAUUGGUAGCAGGGAUGUUUUCAUAAUUUUCAGAGAUAAUGCAUUCUUCAUGAAUACUUUUGUAUUGCUGCUUGCAAAUAUGCAUUUCCAAACUUGAAAUAUAGGUGUGAACAGUGUUUACCAGUUUAAAGCUUUCACUUCAUUUGUGUUUUUUAAUUAAGGAUUCAGAUGUUCACUCAAUUAUAAACUGGUUUUAAAUGUUGGUCAUAUUGGUUUUAAUACCUGCUUUGCAUUUUCACGCAUGGUCAACUGGGACAUUAAACUUUGAUUUGUCGAAUUUUAUGCUGUGUGGAAUACUAACUACUUUAUGUAUUUUAACUUAGUUUUAAUAUUUCCAUUUUGGGGGAAAACUUUUUUCACUUCUCAUGAUAGCUGUUAUAUAUAUGCUAAAUCUUUAUAUACAGAAAUAUCAGUACUUGAACAAA